CGUGCGAGAUGCAGCCAUAGUCACGCUACACUGUCUUCAAGAAUAUAACCUGCUGGGAUCGUCAGUGCUGCAGCGCAUCGGAGCCGACUGAAAGCCUGUGGACGUGAGGCAUCAUGGCAUCAGAGCAUCAGAGGCAGCGCUCUCUGUCCACCGCUGGGGAGUCUCUCUACCUCGUGCUGGGAGUUGAGAAGGUGGCCACAUCAGAUGAUAUUAAGAGAUCCUACAGGAAACUGGCGUUGAAGUUCCACCCAGACAAGAAUCCAGACAAUCCAGAGGCAGCCGAUAAGUUCAAGGAGAUAAACAACGCUCACGCGAUUCUGAAUGACCCCACAAAGCGUAAUAUUUAUGACCGAUAUGGUUCUCUGGGACUAUAUGUGGCUGAGCAGUUUGGAGAGGAGAAUGUGAACACUUACUUUGUCCUUUCAAGCUGGUGGGCAAAGGCUCUGUUCGUAUUCUGCGGUCUGGCCACUGGGUGCUACUUCUGUUGCUGCCUAUGUUGCUGCUGUAACUGCUGCUGUGGCAAAUGUAAACCACGACCUCGGGAGGGCCAGGAGCAGGAAUUUUACGUGUCCCCCGAGGACCUGGAGGCUCAGUUGCAGUCUGAUGAGAGAGAGGCUGGGGGUGACCCUAUAAUGCUGCAACCAUCGGCAACAGAGACAACCCAGUUAACAUCGGAUGGGCACCACUCCUACCACACCGACACCGGCUUCAACUAAACCUCCUUUCCCCGUUAAUCCUGGCCUGCGGUCCUGCCUGCUUCCCUGCUCCACCUCAGUGAGAUGUAAGAAAGGGGCAAUCCAUCUUUCCACUUCCGAAAGAACUCCAUGUGGAGGAGAGGGACUAGUGAGCAUGGCCCCAUGAAAGGAACUAAUGAAGUCACAUUCCUUACACCCCUUCCCUGAUUGGUCCACAACUUAUUUCCCCCCCCCCAAGUACAAGACGAAAAAGAGAAACAACCUACGUUUCCCUUUUUUUUAUCUAUUCUUUUGUAUUCCUUGGCCUUUAACCGCACAGGUCGCCUACCCCACUUUCCCCGUUUCGCACACUUUGCAUCAUGGUGUAGCAUGCACUGUUUAUAAAACAUGGUCUCCAGAUUUUCUUUAAUCUUCUGCAACAUUUUUACUUUGCAAGACUCAUAAUGUAGGUGCAUAUCUUUGUGCAAUAUAUUCAAACGAGUACAGUUCUCACGGAGGAGGCGGAGGGGUUAAAGUUUACGUGGUAUUUUAUGCUGAAGGAAAGGAGAACCAUGGGUCAGGGAGGAGCUUGGAGAGAUGUGUCUGUUUGUUGAGGUGAUCAGUGCCGUCAUUAAACCCUGGAGAACAGAGUUGUCAUAUAUAUAUAAUGGUGAAUAUGUCACUUCGGAUUCGCAAUCAGUACUGUUUUAGUUGAACAUGCCACCUGCCAUUGUCAGACCUGCAGUACGUCUUUGGCACUGUGUUUGUGUGUCUGUAGUGUGCUCCCAUGAGAGUUUUUAAUAUGAAUAAUGAGGUUGUUAAGGCACAGAGCUUUAUUCGCAGACAUUUGUUUCAUAAAUGCCUGCUGGUGUAACAUUCUCGUUAUUAAUUAGUAUUGGCUUUCCAUUCUUCUGCCUCAGCUUUAUUUCAGCUUGUCUUUGCAGGAUGGAGACUACUUCCCUUUCUUUCCUGCAGCACUGAACAGGUCGUCAUGACCAUUAAUGACCGUUAUUGUCAAGGUAAUUUUGUUAUGUUGGUUCGAAAUUUCUUGCAUUGCACUAUUGCAUCUAUUUAUGGCAAUUUUCAGCCCGGGUGGAUUAGUUAUAGUGUGUUGAUCUAUUGUUCUCAACCAAACCUAACAAGAAUCUUUGUUUCAUUUUAUAUUUGUUGCCUUUUUCCUCAACACAGCAGUUACUUCUGAUAGAUAAAAAACUUUUGA